CCGCAGUCUCUGGAUAUAAUAAGGUUAAGCUGCGUCCAAAAUGACAACUCUGGCUGGAGCUGUACCAAGGAUGAUGCGACCAGCUCCCGGGCAGAAUUAUCCCCGCAGCGGGUUCCCACUAGAAGUGUCGACUCCCUUGGGCCAGGGCCGAGUCAAUCAGCUCGGAGGCGUUUUUAUCAACGGCAGGCCUUUGCCCAACCACAUCCGCCACAAGAUCGUGGAGAUGGCCCACCACGGCAUCAGACCAUGUGUCAUCUCACGCCAGCUGCGAGUGUCACACGGCUGCGUCUCCAAGAUCCUCUGCCGGUACCAAGAGACCGGCUCCAUCCGGCCCGGGGCCAUCGGGGGCAGCAAACCCAAGCAGGUGACGACGCCGGAUGUCGAGAAGAAGAUCGAGGAGUACAAGCGCGAGAACGCGGGCAUGUUCAGCUGGGAGAUCCGGGACAAGCUGCUGAAGGACGGCGUGUGCGAUCGGAACACCGUGCCCUCAGUGAGCUCCAUCAGUCGUAUUUUGAGAAGCAAAUUUGGGAAAGGAGAAGAAGAAGAAGCAGAACUGGAGAGGAAGGAAGUGGAAGAGAGCGAGAAGAAGGCCAAGCACAGCAUUGACGGCAUCCUCAGCGAGAGAGCUUCGGCGCCUCAGUCAGAUGAAGGGUCCGACAUAGAUUCAGAACCUGAUUUACCAUUAAAGAGAAAACAACGUCGUAGUAGAACAACCUUCACAGCAGAACAAUUAGAGGAGCUGGAGAGAGCUUUUGAGAGAACCCACUACCCUGAUAUUUACACUCGGGAGGAACUUGCACAAAGGGCUAAACUCACUGAAGCUCGGGUUCAGGUCUGGUUUAGUAAUCGUCGAGCUAGAUGGAGGAAACAAGCUGGGGCCAAUCAACUGAUGGCUUUCAACCACUUGAUCCCAGGUGGAUUCCCACCCACUGCCAUGCCAACUCUGCCAACAUACCAACUGUCAGAAUCCUCCUAUCAGCCCACCUCUAUUCCUCAAGCUGUGUCAGACCCAAGCAGCACAGUUCACAGACCUCAGCCUCUUCCACCAAGCACCGUACACCAAAGCAGCCUCCCUUCGAACCCUGAGAGCAGUUCUGCAUACUGCCUCCCAAGCACAAGGCAUGGCUUUUCCAGCUAUACAGACAGCUUUGUGCCUCCAUCCGGGCCCUCAAAUCCUAUGAACCCUGCCAUUGGCAAUGGCCUUUCACCUCAGGUAAUGGGCCUCUUGACUAACCAUGGUGGUGUACCUCACCAGCCCCAAACUGACUAUGCUUUGUCGCCUUUAACUGGGGGCUUAGAACCAACCACUACAGUAUCAGCUAGUUGCAGUCAGAGACUAGAACAUAUGAAAAGUUUAGAUAGUUUGCCUACAUCCCAGUCAUAUUGCCCACCAACAUACAGCACCACUGGUUAUAGUAUGGACCCUGUCACAGGAUAUCAGUACGGACAAUAUGGACAAAGUGCCUUUCAUUAUCUGAAGCCAGAUAUUGCAUAAAUGAACUGUCCACUGCAAGUUAAAACCAGUCUUGUUUCUGGUCUCACUCCAAUGUUUGGAAUGGAGUGAUCUUCCCACCAGAACGAGGCCCAGAAUGGAGUGAUCCCACUAGAGAUAAUGGGACUGUUAUGUUCUUUUCUCCAAUCCAUCUUUUUAAUAGACAUUUGGACAUACUGGGUAAAGCAGCUCAAGAAGACAACAACCUCGAGCAAUAACAUAACAAAAUGCAGCACAGUUCAGCACUGAUUUAUUAAGGGGGAAGGGUGUUUCAAACUGCUGGCUGACGUAAGCAUUCCAUUUUUAGGUUGUUGAAGAAGCAUGGAUUAAUUUGGACACAAUGUUUGUAAAGAUGGCAGCUGAAUGCUGCAAACUCAAAACUCCUUUGACAUUCAACACCGACUUUUAACUCUGCUCAGUUUGCAAAGCAUGGGCAGGAGGACAUUGUUUUAACACACUGGAAAUUGACCUCGAAAGAAAAUGUUAAGGUCUGUAGGAAGCUAGACUAGAUGUUUGAAGACUUCCAGAAAUAAGUUAUUCGUUAUCUUCUUGUUAUUUGUAAUCAUAUUGUUGGUAAAUGUCAUAUGCAAGGGGCUUUUCUUGCAUUAACAGCAAAUGAGAUAUUGUGUAACAUGAAGAAAAAUGUUGCAAGGGGUUUUUUUUUGUCUGUGUGUAUGAAGUCCAUGUUACCUCCUGGAAGAUACAAGCAAAAAUACAGAAUAUCUUUGAUUUCCGUGACUGCUUAACAAUGUGCAAUAUGGCGUACCUCACCAAGCUUUGGUAACAUCCAAAGCAUUAUAUAUAUAAUCAAAAUUAUAUUUUUCCAGGUACUUUUAUUUUUACAGUACAUAAGCCACUCUUAUAAGAUACUGAAGUGUCACAAUCUCUUGUUAGAUGAUAGAUAUCCAGUUUAUUAGUUUGACAGAAGACCAUUUGGGGGCAAUAAUACAUUUAGAAAUUCUUAUGUUUACAUUAGUGAAAUACAGAGCAUAUAUCAGCUAUGUGUCUGUAGUCAUUUUAAAUUAUCCGGUGGCAUCCAGUAUAUAUAUGGGAACCAAGGUUUACAUGCAUUUUGUGUUUGACAUUUUCAAAUGUCAAUAAAUUUGUGUUUUGAAAUGUUAGGAGAGACAUAAAGAUGGCAGGCAGUGUUAUUUAUUUUUCUUUAUUCUUGGAACCAUGAGUGAGGUAGGGCACCAAUACAUUCCUUUUAGCAUUCAAGUCAAGGAAAGUAGUGAUUUAGUAAGAUUAGAUUAUAGUACAGGAAUUAGUUCACGCAUUGGUCUUAAAGGGUGAUGGAACAAAAGAAUAUUAUCUUUGUUACAGCCUCUACCAACAACAUACGUGUUGUAAAAAAAGUCUCAUAUAAAAAGUGCAGUAAAUAUUUACUAUUUAUAAUGAAUAAACAGCUAUGAAAACUUGCCAA